CGGAACUAUGCAAUAUUUCUCAGUGGUCAAAGGGUGAUAAUGGCCCAAAUCUUGUGAUUGAAGAAAAGCUCAAACGAAAUCAAAGCCUCGCUAAGCCUAAAUGGAAUCGAGAAUCAAAUGAAACCCCUUGAAAGGCCCAACUAAGCGGCCCAUUACCUGAUUCUUAAGGUGAACAAUGGAAUGAAUGAAGAUCAGAAGAUUGCUCCGAGAUUUCUUGUUCCCGCAGAAAGAGACAGAAAGAGAGGGAUGGGUGCAGUGACGACGGCAGUGAUAGCAAUAGCCGGAGUGAUUCUGGGUUGGAUCACCAUCGAGAUCGCCUGCAAAUCCUGCCUCGACAAAGGUCGUGAAGCCAUCGAUCGCAAUCUCAAUCCUGAUUACGAUCCCGACGACGACCUCCCUUCCUCCUCCAUUCGCGCUCCUCUCAACUCCAACACUUCCGAUCCCGAUUCCAUUUCUUCCCCCGCCGCCUCCGCCGCCAAAUCCGUCUGAGCCUUAGUGAUUCUCUUUAUACAUCUACUAUUUUUUCUUUUUCUUUUUGUUUUUUGUUUUUGGGACCUGACUCUUUACCCAUCAAUCUACAUGGUUCUUUCUUUCUUUCA